AUGAGAUGGGACGAGGAAGAAAGGUCACGGCGCCCAUUCCUCGGCUACGUGAAAGGGGGGCGCCGCACGCGCUCACAGGGCGUCGGCGAGGUAUAUACUACACUGAUGUCCUACAUGCCGAAAAUGCUCUCUCCUCUGUCACGGUGUCUCGUGAUUAUCAGGUGGGCUUGCUCAUCCCGCGGAGUAAGGCAUUUCGAGUCAGCGAUACGUCCCAGGGCUGGAAGCUCAACACGCUUACAACCAGGCACAGGGCAGUGA